AUGGCCGACAGUGUUGUUAAUGUUCUCCUACAGCAACUACCCCAACUCAUUGAAGGAGCAAGUUUCCCUUCUGGAGUGCAAGAUGAAGUCAAGUCAUUUCAAUGGGAGCUCGAAAGGAUAAAUAUCUUUCUAGAGAACUCCGAUGGGAAACAGAACGAGCAUGAAAAUGUGAAGGCGUUAGUCAGGCAAAUCACUGAAGUUGCUUAUGAAGCCGAGGAUGUUAUUGACACAUUCAUCAUCAAAGUCGCAGAACAGAGGAAGAGGAAUGUUGCGGGAAAGAUAAUAUAUGGCAUUGGGCAUGCAACAAUGCUCCACAUUGUUGCAAAAAAGGUAGAAGGCCUCAACAAAGAGAUCAACAAAAUCUACGACAAUAUAGAAAAGUACGGCAUUGAAAGAGCUGAAACAAGUGUAGAUGCAACAACAAAGAAGGCAUUGGACAGACGUAGGAGGCAUGUCGAGGAAGAUGACAUGGUGGGCUUCCUUCACGACUCUGAUACAUUGGUGAAACAGCUUACUCAUAGAACAGAGAAUUCAAAAGUUGAUGUCAUUUCAAUCAUCGGCAUGGGUGGGCUGGGAAAGACCACUCUUGCUAGAAAAGUUUACAAUAAUGAUCACAUCAAGAGUCACUUUUAUUGCCGCACAUGGGUGUAUGCAUCUCAAGAUUUCAAAAUCAGAGAGUUAUUGCUUGAAAUUUUAAUGUCUUAUAUGUCAAUAUCAGAUGAGUUGACAAGGAAACUUGAAGGGAUGAGUGAGGAUCAAGCAAAAGAGUAUCUAGUAGAGAAGUUGCUCACAUACUUGCAAGGGAAGAGGUACCUAAUAGUCAUCGACGACAUUUGGGAAAUCAAAGUCUGGAAUGAGGUAAAAGAUGCUUUUCCUGAUAACUUCAAUGGAAUUAAAUACUUUAAUUUGGGGAGAAAAAUAGCAGAAGGUUGUCGCGGCUUGCCACUUUCAAUUGUGGUAUUAGGAGGCCUUUUGGCAAACAAAGAGAAGACACAUCAGACAUGGUCAAAGGUGAUUGCCGAUGUAAAUUGGUACCUUACUGAAUGCAAAGAGAUUCUGGCCUUAAGCUAUACACAUUUGCCACGGCGUUUAAAACCAUGCUUUUUGUAUUUUGGUACAUAUCCAGAAGACUUUGAAAUCCCUGUAAAGCAACUGAUCCAAUUAUGGAUAGCUGAGGGAUUCAUACAGCACAUUGGUAGAAGAAACAUUGAGGAUGUUGCUGAGGACUACCUGGAAGAGCUCAUUGAUCUGAACUUGAUCCAAGUGGCUACCAAGAGUUUAUAUGGAGGGGCAAAGAAAUGUCGUAUUCAUGAUCUUCUACGAGACCUAUGCAUAACCAAGAGCACGGAAGAGAAGUUUCUUUAUGUACCUAGAAAUGACAACCGUUCAUCCUGGAAUACCUUUCGUAGACUCUCCAUCCAAGGUAACAUUGUUCAUCAAUUCAUUUCUUCAAACACCUUUGGCGCUUCGUAUGCUCGUUCUUUUUUGUCAUUUGGGAUUGGGCCCAUGUUUAACGAAAUUCCCUGGAAGUGGGUCCACAGAAAUUUGAAAAUGCUUCGGGUGCUUCAUUUUGAACUAUAUUUCAAGGCCAUUCCUAAAGAGAUAGGAACAUUGAUUCAUUUAAGGUACUUGAAGAUAAAAUAUGGGUAUAUAGAGGUAGAUAUUCCAGCUUCCAUUGGCAACCUUACCAAUCUAGAAACACUUCACGUAUAUAGUCCAAAUUCAGUACUUUUGCCAAUCUCGGUAAUGAAGCUGCCGCGUUUAAGGAAUUUGUGUGGGACAAUGUGUUUUUCUAACCACUUGGACACAGCUAUGUGGAAACUCCAAGUCCUUUCAAUGCCACCGCACUCACAAAUUCUGCGUCUCAUUGUUGAGGGCAUGAUUCCUAAUAUCAGGACAUUAAGGCUAAAUAUUAAUUUCUUGAGGAAUGAGGUUUGGGAUGCAAUAGGUUUUUCUGCAUGCCUCCACCGUUUAAGUCAUCUCCAAACUUUGAAACUUUGUUGUAUUUCUGAAGACAUUAUUAUUCUUCCUAAGUCAUUUCCAGAGACAAUCACCAAGAUAAGCUUAACUAGAGUUAUGUUAGAUGAAGGUGGCAUGCAAGUGCUGGGAAAUCUUCCCAACCUUGGGCUACUGAAACUAGAAAAUUGCCUUUCUUUUAGUGGCCUCCACAUCCCUUCACGUUCGUUUCCCGAACUCCAAUUCCUAAAAUUGCAUGAAUAUGAAAUUAAAGAAUGGAAACAGGAUGAAGCUGCAAUGCCAAGCCUAAGACAUUUGGUUAUGACUAAUUGCUAUGAGUUGACCAUGCUCCCUUCGGAACUAUGGAGUUUGACUGCCUUGCAAGAGGUGGAGGUGUUAAAGAGCAACAUAGAAGUGGCAAACAUGUUUCAGGAAUUGCAGAAGGAGGCUGGGUUUAAGCUACACAUCUAUCCUCCUCUAGAUGAUUACUUUUAUCUAAACCGUGAAGCUGUUAUGGGUGUAAGUGGUAGCUGCUUCGCCUUUAUCGAAAAAGAAUUACAAGCAAUCUCACUUGCAGCUCAAACUAAACAAGAUGAGGAGGAGAAAGCAAAGGGAGUCAAUCUGAUCACUGACUGA